AUGCCGCACAAAAGACAUGCACGAGCACAAAACACAGUCAAUGUGAACCACAGUGCUCGGGAUGAAAGCACCAUCGGAAAGCUGACGUUUGUAGAAUUCCAGUCACGUGACCGACCGGACAAUCGACUCGAGGAAAGAGACAGUACACUGAAACCGUCACACGAUGUUCCUGCUUCAAACGCAUGCGUAUGA